CAUUUUAAAACAACUAUUGUUGCGAUACGGUCGCAAAAGCUAAUUUUCCGCGCGCUACUAAUUGUUAGUCGGAUUUUUUUUCGUGUUUCGCUGGUAUCCUUACGGAUGUGAAUUAGCAGGAUCGCGUCGCCGCUCGGUGAUUUAUUUGAGGAUAGUUUUUUUGUUCUCACCUCUUUAGUUGUUGGAUUUUGUUUUCCAAGAAACAGGUGGAAAAACAGGUUUCGCCUGCAAGACUGCAUCGUAGUCCCAUUCAUCGGAUUGGAAUUGUUGCACUAAUAAGCUAUGAAUGGUGUAUCCUGGAGCUUCACAGCAAUGUGCUGAAGUGAUUGAUGCCUCUGAUCUACCACCGAUAAACUGUUGAAUAGUUGUUUGAUUUUCGUUUGAUUAUGAUUUGUUAUUCCUUUUAAAUGGUAGUGAGAUUAUUAUAAAGGCGAUAGCGUUCGAACAGAGUGGCAGUUGAGAAAUACGUCAGAUUUUCAACGAGCACAGGAAAAAAACGGCAAAAAUUCUCUCGAGGGGCCAGCACAAACGAAAACGUGAAAAGGCUGCAAAAAGAAAGUGAAAGUUUGCAAAAAUCACGACCACAAAGUAAGAGUGAACGAAAAUGGGUGCCUUAAAGAAAAUGACACGGUGUGGUAGCAUAAGCAUGCUAUUCGGUAUACUAAUUGUGCUAUUUGGCGUCAGUUCGUCGGCUUUGACCACUUUUGGCAAGUCGAACACUAAUCAACAGGCUCCGACCCCGACUCGGGCACCAGUGAAAGCCAAGGAAUGCUCCGGUCACGCGGAUUGUACCACAAUUCAGAACACGAGCUGUGUGGCGGCGGCGGAUGAACGAAUGCGAUGCCUGUGUGGCGACUUCGAGGCGCCCGACAACGGAAAAUGCCAUGCCCCAUUCAAAGGUCUUCGCCAUCUGUGUCAGAACACGAUGCAGUGUGACAUCGGUAUGACCUGCGCCGUGGAGAACAUCACUAAAACGACAACCCUGGUGAUGAGCAAAACAUUCGCGACCAGUAACUCGGCGAACAACACCAACAACUUCAAAGUGUGCCUAUGCGACAAGGAUCUGGGCUUUGCGGAAGACCCACACGAUCUGCGCCAUUGCAGCGGAGCCAUUCAAUCGUGGACUGUGUCAGAACCCCUUCUUCCAGUGCUGAUUGUCGUGAUCGGAAUGUCACUGAUGCGAAAACCCUUCCAUUCUCUGGACGUUGAAAUAUGAGCGUGAAAGUUUCUCACGCUGGUGCUUUCGUUAAAUCAUAAACAUAGGAAGACUUCAUGUAUCAACAAAACAACUAUAAAUAACAUCAAAAAUUGCUAUAAUUUUUUUCAAAAGCUCUAAAUAUGAUGUGAUUAAUGUUUAUAUAGAAUAGCGAUAAGAUAUGAAAGCAAAACAAGAACGUGCAAUUUCUGCUUAAAAUAUCGUGUUUCUUCCCUGGUACGCCUAUGCAAGUGCACUUACUUAAGUCAUAGUAAUGAUACAAAAUAUUUCUUAUAUAUAAUCAACUUUUACAAUGCUUACUGUGAGAAGCAGCUUGAAUAAGACAAAAUUCAUGUUUUAAUAUUAUAACGCAUUUAAACUCGUGAUAAUGACAAGGCAAUUCAUAUUGAUACAAUACCAAAAAAAAAUUCGUUCGAUUAUCAUCAAGGUGAACCUGUAAGGUGGUUACGAAAACAUAAGCCCGAAAGCGUUGCAUAAUGCAACACUCACCAUCAGUAUACAAAAAGAACCAAAACCGGAAACCUGAUUUUUGUGUUUUUCACAUGGUUGCAAAACCGGUCGUAUGCUAUUAAUAUAUGCAUGUUAAUAUAAAGUGUAAAAAAAAUUUAUGCAACUAGCAAAGAGAAAAGAUAUCCAAGAUCAAGCAAGUUGCACUCAAUAGUUUGUUUUCCUCUGUUUAAAACAUGGGUGAUCAAAACAGCUUUAAGUUGAAGCUAACGGAAAGUAAUACAUAUUCUGCAGCUCGCUAGGUUCAAAUUAAGGCUCUUUUGAUAAAAAUAUUGUUCAUCCAAGUUUUAAAACUUUCGCAUGUUUUGUCGCUGAGUCCAUCGCUAGCGCUGAAAUGCUCAUUCUUGCUUUUGGUUUCGAAUAAAAACAUUUCAAUAAAAAUAAUUUCGAUUGCUUAAUCCAAAAUCAGAGAAGUAUUGCAUAGUUAUGCGAUACUAAAUGCUAGCACAUGCUAGUGACUAUAACAUAACCUUUGGUAAACAUUCCCAAAUUUUAGACAACAAGAACAGGAAAAAAUAUUACAAAUAAAAUCUUGAGGAUAAACAUGAACAUUAAUUUAUGUACUUCGGCACAACAAUUGAUCCAUCAGAUAUGUACACUCAAUGUAAGCUCGAUAUUCGAAAUCUUAGGGUAUGCUUUAGUUUUCCUAACUGAUAAAGAUGAAUAUGAAGAAACCAAAACGUAAUAGUUGUACUUUAGGAUAGAUAGCGGGAUAGAUAUUCUAUAUAGCGAGAGAGACUUUUUAUAUUACCUUUCCAUUGCUUUAGUGUUUCUGAGAAUUUUGGAAGCAUCGAAAGAAAAUCACAACAAGCCCAAAUCACAACGGUCGCAUCUUUCGCAGAAGAAGUUAAAAUAAAACAUAUCAUUCAUCGGUGAUAGUCUAAAUGACAA